AUGCCAGCAGAUCGUAAAUCAUCAAAGAAAUAUACGGAUAGACAUGCAUCCAAAACAGCCGAUAUAAAACGAGCCCUUGUCCAUCGUGCCAGAAUCAGAAAGAACUAUUUUAAGUUAUUAAAGGAAGAAGGACGACCUGAUCCGCAAGAAACCCAACAAGAACAACAACAACAAGUUGAACCCAAGAAGAAACCAGUGAACUUUGCCGAACGUGCUCAACUUGCUAAGCAAAGAAAAGAAGAAGCAAGAGCGCAAAAAUUACAGCAAGUCAAGGAAAAGAGAGAGAAGUUGGAAUUAAAGAAGAAAGAAAGAGAGAUGAAGAAAGCGGGGUUCUCGAAACAUACCCGAACAGGACAACCUUUAAUGGGACCAAGAAUCAACAAUUUGCUCGACAAAAUAAGGAAUGAUAUGAAGGAGGAUAAAUAG